GCCGGCUAACGCACCACUUGAUAGCCCUGUUUAUAUUGAUAACUAAGUCCAAGCGUGUUUCGUAGUAGUUUAUUUCGAAUCUGAAUUGUUAACUCCCACGGAAUCGAGAGCUUAUAUAGUGUGGAUAGGGCGUAACUAUUAUGCAAUAAAUAAUUACACAAUAAGAAAUGAUUAUGCAAUAACAAAUAACAACUGAUUAUGCAAUAAGAAAUAACAACUGAUUAUGCAAUAACAGCUGAUUAUGCGAUAACAAUUGAUUACGCAAUAACAGCUGAUUAUGCGAUAACAAUUGAUUACGCAAUAACAGCUGAUUAUGCGAUAACAAUUGAUUACGCAAUAACAGCUUCAGUCUUACAUGAUGUCUGA